GUCGUUGACUUUUAGUUCCUACUUCACUGUCUGAAGCCGCAAAGUGUCUCUCCAUCUCCGAUCAUCUCUCCCGCAUCUGCAAUGCCGACGGGUCCCUCGAGCAAUUCGCCUCGGAACAGUCUUCUUCAGCAUUCAGUUAUGGUCAUCCUCGUCGGAUUAACCGCGGCGUUGACUUAUCGGACGAUGUUAAAACCUCCUUCACCGAAACUAUGCGGCUCGCCCCGAGGUCCACCGAUCACAGCUCCGCGGAUAAAGCUCCGAGACGGGAGGUACUUAGCUUACAAAGAGCAUGGAGUUCCAAGAGAUGAAGCUCGCCGCAAAGUCAUCUUUAUUCAUGGAUCCGAUUGUUGUCGUCACGACGCCGUUUACGCCACUCGUCUCUCUCCGGGUUUAAUUGAGGAGCUUGGCAUGUAUUUGGUUUCGUUUGACCGACCCGGUUACGGAGAGAGCGACCCGGAUCCGAACCGUACCCCAAAGAGCUUGGCUUUAGACGUUGAGGAGCUUGCUGACCAGUUGAAUCUUGGAGCCAAGUUCUACGUGAUAGGCUACUCAAUGGGAGGACAAGCAACAUGGGGAUGUCUCAAAUACAUCCCUCACCGGUUAGCCGGAGCAACGCUCGUUACUCCAGUGGUUAACUACUGGUGGAAGAACUUACCUUCGAAUGUUUCCACUCAAGGCUACAGCUUGCAACCAAAGAGAGACCAAUGGGCGGUUCGUGUUGCUCACUAUGCUCCUUGGCUUAUCCACUGGUGGAACACGCAGAAGUUGUUCCCUGGUUCGAGUGUUGCGAACCGAGAUGGUGCUAGCUUCUCACAGCCGGAUAAAGAUAUCGUUUCGAAGCUUGGUUCUUCGAGGAAACCGCAUUUGGCUGAAGUGAGGGCACAAGGGUUGCAUGAGACUAUUAACCGUGAUAUGAUUGUUGGGUUUGGGAGUUGGGAGUUUGAUCCUAUCGAACUUGAUGACCCGUUUUUGAACGAUCCUCAUGGCUCUGUUCAUUUGUGGCAAGGGGAUGAUGACAUGUUAGUGCCUGUGAUGCCGCAACGUUAUAUUGCUGAGAGGCUUCCUUGGAUUCACUAUCAUGAGGUUCCGGGGAGUGGCCAUUUCUUUCAUUACAAUGAAGGUGUGGUUGAUAACAUUGUAAAGACGCUCUUUAAAACAGGAGCUGAGAGUGAAUGAAAUAUCCAGUUGUCUGAAAAUGAAUGUUUGUAGUUUGGUGUAUUUCUGGGACAGCAUAAUAAAAGUUGAUUGUUUAUAGUUCUACACUUUUCUGUUACUUCCCAAAAAUAUAAAGUUUUUGGAGCAUCG